AUGCUGAUACACAAGGUCAUUAUGGAGUCACCUCUGGAAUCAAUCACCAAUUCACUGUCCGAGCUUAUCUCGGAUCAAUCACUCAAUGCCACCAACCCAACACUCAAGAAAGAGUUGGAAAACAUCCUCAUUCAAAUAUCAUCCAACAAUGACCUCUACGGUCCAUCAGCCAAUCAAAUAAGUAAUCAAGUUGAUCUCAAUCCAAUUGCUAGAUCACUUUUAAAGACAUAUAGUAAUAAUGACUUGAUGGUACAUAAGACUUCGAAUCAUUGUACAUUGUUCAAUUUGAAUAAGGAGAUUGAACAUCUGAAAGUUUGGGGAUAUGACCCAUUCAAUCAUUCUGAUGAACAGUUGAUAUCAAUGUUACAAUCAAUGUUUAUGUAUUAUCAGAUGCCAGAGAAGUUGAAGAUAUCCGAUAUCAAGUUGAAUCAAUUUAUUAUACAUGUUAGACAACUAUAUCACAGCCAUUCAUAUCACAACUUUUAUCAUGCAUUCGAUGUCACUCAGACAAUAUUCACAUACCUCACUACCUUUGGAUUUGGCAAGCAUCUCACUCAUCUGGACAUCAUCGCGCUGCUGCUGAGCGGACUGUGCCACGACCUCAAUCAUCCCGGCUACAACAACGCAUUCUUAGUCAAUACAUUCGACCCACUGGCCAUCCAGUACAACGACAAGUCAGUUUUGGAGAACCAUCACAUUCAGCUGAUGUGGACCCUGUUGGACCAGUUCCAAUUCCUCAAGAACUUGAAGUGGGACGAGAAGAAGGAGUUCCGCACAUCAAUCAUCAACUCGAUCAUCGCCACAGAUAUGUCCCUGCACUUUCCCCUGGUGACCAAGCUGAAACAAAAGGUCACCGAGCAGAAGAUGAACCAGUUCAAGUACAUCAACAGCACUUCUCAAGAUCGCCAGUUCCUCAUGGAGCUGAUCCUGCACGCGGCCGACAUCUCCAACAUUGCCAAACCAUGGGAUAUCUCAAAGUUGUGGUGCGAGCGCAUUGGACACGAGAGCUUCCUGCAGGGCAAGAAGGAGGUGGAGCUGGGCAUCCCCACGACCGACUGGAUGGACGAGUCCAAGACCACCGUAGCCAAGAACUCCCUCAACUUUAUGAUAUACAUUGGUGAGCCAUUCUUUAGUCAAAUGGUUGAGUUGUUCCCACAGACCAAGAGUUGUCUUGAUCAUCUCCAAGAGAACAUUAGAACAUGGAACAAUAUAUCAAACCUCGAAACGACUAAAUAA